CCAAGGAGCACCCUAAUGUUAGUGAGUGUGUGUGAGUGAGUGAGUACGUGGAUACGCAUGAAAUGUGUUUCGGGAAAGGGUAGAAUUCCAAUCCAGUCAGUCGCCUGCACUCUGACCUCGCGUCAAUGCAACCCCGCAUCGUAUCGCAUCGCCAGUGCCAGUGCCGCUGUGGCAUGGCAUGUACUUUCACAACACAUUCCACUACUUUCACUCACUCACAGGCAAUGCACUGCGGCUGUUGUGCUGCCGAAGCAGCAGCCUCCCACUGCAACAGCAACAGUCGCGUGCGGCCUCGAUAAGUCAGUCAGAACUAGGAAAAGGAGGAGGAGGAGGAGGCAAUGGUUUACCGGCAGGUGCUCGCCUUCGCAUCUGCUCGUGCUCUGACUUGUGUCCGGCAACGUCGAUGCCUGCUCUCCCCUGCCCUCCCCCCACAGUGGCCCUGGCUUGGCUCUAGUCGCCCCUCGCCCUCCUGCACCCCCUCUCCCCUCCUCUAUCGCCUCUCUCCCCACUCUGGCCUCUGCUCUUCCUCUGGAUGCAUGGCGAUGAAAGCAGACAUGGUUGACGAGGCGUUCGCCCCCCCCUCCGCCCGGCGUUCUGCCCCGGGACGCAUGCCGGUGAAUGCAGGCAUGCUCGGAGAGGCAGUGAAAGGAGCAGUUCGCGAGGCCUUUCAAAUCCGUGACGUCGGUCCCUUGCACCGUGUGCUAAUUCUGUUUGGGUUGUUGUUCACUAUUGCCCGAGAGGUUUUGGGCACCAUCAAACUGGCGCCGUAUGGCGCGUAUGCGUAUCGGACUUAUGUGUCGUUGCCGCCCUGGAGGAAGCACGAGACGCAGGACUCUCUUCCCCCAACUCGGCGCUGGUGGAGCCACAAUACCCAUGACGUUGCAAUAGCUCGCAAUGUGCGCUUUAGCCAGGCACAACGCAACCUAUUGGACGUUUACGUACCCAAUCGCAAAUCAGCUGUAGGAGUUGGACUCAAACCUGUGGUGCUUUUUGUUCACGGAGGUGUCUGGGCAUCUGGAGACAAGUGGCAGUUCUCUCCGUUAGGCACGUUCCUGGCUGAGAGCGGUGUAAUUGCUGUGCUCGUGCAGUACACCCUGUACCCAGAGGUACUUGCUAUCGACCAGGUGAGCGAGGUGUCGUGUGCAUUAACCUGGACGAUGGACAAUAUCGCCCAGUACGGUGGCGAUCCCGAAAGAGUAUUUUUAAUGGGGCAUUCAUCAGGGGCACAUUUAUCAUCAAUGAUGCUAUGGGAGAGAGCAAGCCGUCUCGUGAAGAAUGCUGAGCGACCUAUUCCUGAACAGCUUGAUCUUCGAAUUCCUUACGGUUACUUAGGUCUUGCGGGUGUAUAUAACAUCAGCGAGCACUUUAAGUACGAGGCAAGUCGAGGCGUAGAGGCAAUCUCUUGUAUGAGGCCAGCCAUGGGUUGGGAAGAAUCAUUUGACUCCAUGUCUCCAACUCUACUUUUUGGGGCUUUGCUGAUGCAAGGAGGUGCUAGUUUUGCAACUAAUCGUUACACUGACACUACCACUGAGAUUCAAGUUCGAGGGUUGAAUUUGGCUCCAAAGUGUCUGUUUCUUGCCAGUCGUGAAGACCUCGUAGUACCCCCUACUUCGAGCCUUGCCAUUAACAGCGUGCUGCAAACUCUAGGAUGCGACUCGCGUGUGAUUGUAUAUGAAGACUUGAAGCAUGAAGAUUUCGUCUUGUGGCACAAAGGGUGGGGCACCUUGAAAUCACACGUGGGAUCAUAUUUAGAAGAAAUUCUCAAAUUUGUCAUGGUGGAGUCUUCGUCAAACGAUUGAUUUAUUAGGAGCUUUGUCUUACUGGACCUCAUUUUUUAUGUCCAUCUACACACCUUGGUACCUAAACCGAUGUAGAAACCCAAAACAACGUUAUGGACACUAGUUUACAGCCUUCUUCGAAUACUAUUUUGCAAUAUUAAAAAACGGGAUGUGAAGUAUCAGAGUGUUUUGGACCAGAUUGGCUGCCCAUUUUGUUAUUUUUAACAGGAAGAGCGGUGUAUUUGAGAGGAAUUAAUGAGUGGUCAUUAUAUGAUCAAAGAUUUAAUUACUCUUUUACUUCAAAUUUAGUACAAGUAUUGAACUUAGAAGAGAUAGAAUAAUUUUUUGUUUAAAAAUCGUCUUAUUAAAUUGGAACUGUAAUAUUCAUUUUACUGAAAAUACAUGUCAUAUCAGCUUUUAUAA